CUGCCCUUCGGCUUCACGUCCUCUUUGAUGCCCAUAUUCCGCCCUUCACCUCCGAUUUUCAUCCUUGUUUCACCUGCAUCAUACCGUCUCGGUCUUCUCUGAUUUAACGAUUUUUUUCGAUUUUUUCUACCUACCGAGAAAGCCGUCUUCCCGACAUUGGCCACCCUUCCGUUUCGCGGCCUGCCCCUUUCAUCCGCUGCGCCAAUGGUCGUCCUGGCCCACCGGAUUGGAUCAACCUCCCGACUUCCAUAAACGAUUGAACCGCGACUUGCAUCCACGCAGCUUUCCAACAGAGCUUCCUCAAGCCUGUUCACCCAUUACUUCCUCUACCACCGUGGCCCCCAUUCCUCAAUCAUCUUCCCCCAGUGGCCGGUCGUACGGGCAAUGGGGGAUGCCUCCACUGUCGGCUUACACGCCCUUUGAAUCGCUUCUCUUCUUCCAGUCUCUCGCCGCCCUUGGCAAACGACCAUCUAGCUUUAUAUCAAUUUCCGAUCUUCUGCGCAACAACAAAUUUGUUCGUGAGAAUGGCGCGUCCGAUGCUCACAGGCUCUCCCCGGAGGCGCUGGAGGACCUCUAUACGACGCUGAUGCGCGAUGGAGUCGAGUCGCCCGGUACGCUCGAACCGAACGGGCAUCACCCGGAGUCAACUAGCCCUAGCAACCCCAAGAAACGGAAGAUAGCGAGUCCACGACCAGAUGGCUUGUCUGACGGAGGACGAAGCCACGCCGGAUUUGUCCCUGAUCUGGUAUCGCACCUGUACGCCCGGUAUAAAGAGCUGGUUACGAAGGAGAUUAGAAGCGAAGAGAAGCGGUUCAAAGAGAUAAGGGACGAGAUUGAGCGGCUGCAGAAGGAGGAACACGAAGCGCCCGUACAGCAGAGUGCGCAACCAGCGCCGACGCUGAUUCCGCCCGCCAAAGAUGAGCCCGCGCCGGAGCCAAUGGAUGUGGAUACUGACGAGAAGCCAAUCGAGCCAGCACGGCCUUCCAGACCGUUGAAACCGGCACCUAUUGAGCUCGAGCCGAGCGCCAAAGCGAAAACCACUCAGCCGGAAACCCAGCGCAAGGACCAGCCGCAACCUUCUACAAAAAUCCUCCCACAACCAGCGCCAAUCCAGCUUCAGCCUCCAGCGCGACCUGUUGUUCAACAACCGGAAGCACAAAUCAAGCCGCAGCCACAAUUACCACCACAAACGCAAAUUCAACCACCGCAACAGCCUAUUCCAGCACCUCCAGCACUGCAAGCGCAAGCGCAGCCCCAACCACCGCCUCCUACUCCCCUCAAACAAGCCCAGUCCGCUGCACCCAACUUACCACCUCAACCACAACCUCCAAAUGGCAAGGCUCUACCCCCCCCUCCGCAACCAGUUCUUGCGCCCCCACCCACAACCACGCCAGAAAAGAGCCCAACAGUACCAUCUACAGUUCCCCUCCAGCCUCCCGCAAUACCUGCUGCUGUUGCGCCAACUACUGGUCCUGGGCGCCCGCCCGUGAACACACCGUUACAACCGCCUCAAACCGUAAAGCAGCCAGUUCCUUCUCCUACUCCAUCGAAACCUGUCCCGACUGCAAAGACCCCCGCAAAAACCACCGCAAAGAAGGCCACAGCCGCGACAUCCGUUUCUGCUGCGCCGCCUGGAGCCCCCAAAUCGAGCUUCCAGCAGUGGUCGCUAAACGAACCCCAGACUCCAAAGCAGCCUUCUUCAAUCCCAGUCUCCGAACCUGUAAGUCGGGUCAAGGCUCUUCAACAACCACUUGCUCAGCAGGCGUCAAAACCGGACGGCAAGGCACAGCAAGUUCCUCCAGCUGCGGCAGCCCCAUCGACACCCCGACCCGCUCCCGGGGUUUUUCAAACACCUGCACCCGUUGUUCCUCACUCCGGGUUCGCUACCCCUGUGGAGCCGGUUCGCAGCGUCGCGCCUGCUGGUGGACGUGGCCCGGCGUUGUCAAUCCAGACCCCCGGAUCUUCCACCCCAUGGAAGAAGACUCCACAUUUGAAGCUACCCCACUCGCCACGCUCGCCUGUUCGUCCUAGGCCAGAAGAUGUCAGUCCGAUCAGUGAGAGAGCACCCUCACCAUUUGGAUCACCGGAAGACACUCCAGAAGAGCCCGAGCCUCCUCGCCGACGGGGCCCCGGGCGAGGAAGAAAGAAGGCAGCAGACACUGAACAAGGGGCAUCGAAGAAGAAAGGAGAGAAGCAAACAGCAUCAGCCAGUAAGAAACGGGAGAGAAGCACCGGUUCAUCUCGAAGUCGGGGGCGAUCCAUUAUAUCACGUGAGGAUGAAUCUGGAACCGAGUCAAACAGGAUCAAGCGUGAAGUUCCCGGUACACCAGCUGGGAUCACCGACUCUACAGAAGCUGAACGUAGUGGAAAGAAAGCCGGCACUUCGGAAACUCGUCCAGGCCGAGGCCGCCCAAAGCGCAAACGUGCUCCUAGCGACGUUCCCGACCCAGAGCCUCCUCAACCUCCCCCACCGGAGAUCAGUCAGCUCAGUCGGGUUGACCCAAAUCAAUCAACACCAUAUGUUGUGUGCGCGCGCAAUUUCCCGAGAACUGGCGCUCCCAUCAUGAACGAUGUAACUACUCACAAACACGCAUCCAUAUUCGCCAAGCCACUGGCCGAACGCGACGCACCUGGCUACCGAGACCUUAUUUACCGACCGCAGGACCUGAAAUCCAUCAAGUCAGCCAUCCACCAAGGAAGUAGAGCCCUGGCAGCCGCAACGGAAGCCGCCAACACCCCCGUUGGAGAUGGGGAAUCCCCGGCUCCGAACGCAAGCACACCAUCCAAAAAUGCUGUCCUCAUGCUGCAGAAAACCGAGGACGUCAUCCCGCCUAAAGCGGUGGUGAACUCGGCUCAAUUGGAAAAGGAGUUGAUACGCAUGUUUGCCAACGCCGUCAUGUUUAACCCAGUUCCGCAGCGUGGGUUCGGCCCGGCAUUCCCAAUGAUGAGUGACGGUGGGUCCGGAAGGAGAUCGUAUGCACCAGAGGUCGAUGAGGGCGGAAUCAUCAAUGACACCCAGGAAAUGUUCGAGGACGUUGAACAAGCAGUAACUAGAUGGCGAGCUGCCGAGCGGACGGCAGAUGAGCUGGCGAGCAAGAGCGUUCUCUCCCUCCGAAGAGGAAGCGCCAGUGAUCCCAACACGGACAGUGCAGACGAAGUCAAGGGUUGACGAGGUCAUGGCUGUUCUAAUGAUUUAAGACAACUUUUAUGUAAUAGUAUAUCAAGCGGAAAGCAUAGUAUUUCCCACAUCUAUGUUCGUGAAUUUUCUCUAUUUGGUCGUAAGAUUUUUCUAUAAAGUCGUAAAUUUCUCAUAUCGCAAGGUGAGCGGUGUCACCACUGCCUCAAGCAGUCCCCUGCACAGCCUGAACAGUAGCCUGGGGCUUCGUCCUACCCAACCCAUCCUUUGCAUAGAAAUCCAUCGGAUAAAUCCCAUCAUGCGUCUUAUUCCAGUCCUCCUUUACCCCCAAAGCAAUAAGCGCCUCAUACGGCGUCAGCAGCGGUCGCGGAAACGCAUAUCCCCAAUCAAUACUCAACCGCGGACAAGCAAUCUGCACCCAGCACUCGACAUCUGCCAUUGACGCCAACUUCCCCGGAAAAAUCUCACUGAGCAGUAAAUUCACAAUGGGAAUCCCGCGCUCCCGGAGAUGAUUCUCAAUCAUCGUCAUUGUAUUCGGGUUGCCCUGGCGGCCGAGCGAGCCGAGGAUGAUGCCCCAUUUCUUCGCGGACUUGGCGGUGUUGAUCGCGUCGCGGCGCAGAGAGUGCAUUUCAUCGUGGGAGUAGGAUUCGCGGGAGAGGGUUCGGGAGUAAGGGUCGUAGCGGUAGGCUGGGAUGGUAGGGUUGUGGAUCAUUGCAGCUGUGGGCGUAGUGGACGAGCAGGUCGCAGCCUAGUGCGCGCGCCGUAUAGUCGUCUAUACAGCAUGCGCCGUAGGUGACGUCGCCCAUAAUGAGGGUCUCGGUUCCCGGACAGAACUGCGUGAGGAUGUCGGAUAUUGUGGUUGCGAAGAGGAGGAGACCCUCGGGGAACUGAAGAGCGAUGCGUUUCGCGCCGGAGGUUCGGAUGCGGUGGAUUGUCUUGGGGAUUUCAAAGGAGUAAUUCUUGGGGAGGAGGUCGAUGGCGGAGAGAAUUUCGGGGUCUUCGAGGACGGAGGCGGGGACUUGGUUUAGUGUUCUAGCGGUUCUUCGGGGAGUUGCU